AUGACAGACUUCGAACGUAGUGCUUUCAACGAAUUCAUUUAUGGGGCCAAAACCAAUAAUUCUAUUGAGGGUUGGCAUAGAGGUUUCAGCUCAUUGUUAGCAUCACAUCAUCCAUCCAUCUGGAAAUUUAUUGAAUGCCUUCAAAGACAACAGAAUUUGGAGGAAAUUAAAUAUGAGCAGUAUCAAUCUGGAAUAAAUAAUAUAAGGAAAAAAAAGAAGUACAAAGAUUCGGCUGAACGGAUUCAAAAAUUAGUAAAUGGGUACGACGAAAAUGAUAAAUUAAAUUUUUUAAAAGGAAUUGCCUAUAAUUUGACGUAUUAG